AUGGACAACCUGGAGGAGUGGACAACCACACUAUCAACUCGUGAUGAUGAGCAGAGACUUCAGGAAAACCAUGGAGAUGAAAUAUUUCCUAACCUCCAACUACUUACCAUUACAAGCUGCCCCAGGCUGAGGUUUGUUCCAGCUUUCCCAGGAAGCCGGAGCUGUAUCCUCCAAAGAAGCAGCAAUGUGCUAUCAUCUGAGUGA